UUGGAGGACUAUUAUUGUAGAUGAAAAUUCACACGUUUGCAUUUCUGACAACCUAAAGAUCACCAAAUGCAUAGGUUGGAGAAAAAUAAGGAAAACAUGGGAAGAGGAAGAAAACAAAUAUUCCUUGGACUUGGUCUGGUUAUGGUGAUGGGUUUAGCUGUUUACUUAAGGCUUUGGACCAUUGACUACAAAUUCUCUUCUACUGAAACUGAAUUACUCAGGAGACAGUUCAAUCUUGCUAGUAGAGAAGCAAUGGACGAAUCUGCAGUGUGGAGAAAAAGAUAUAAUGAUGAGGAAGUGAAAUCUUCCGCCUGCCAAAAGGAAGUGAUUAAGAAUAAGCAGUUAUUGAAGGAGCAUUAAGAAGAAAUUAGACCUGCUACAGAAGGAAAACAUUGAUUUACUUGAACGGCUCGAAUCUUUGAAACAACAACUUGAAUUGGAGAAGUUGAAAUGUAGCAUGAGACAGAUAUGACCUCACCGGAAGCCUGGUGGUCUGGAGAACAUUCGGAAGUUGAUAACAUGCAUUUUAAAUCUAUCUGGAACUUGGCGAGGAGGAUUAUAGUUCAUGAGAAUAAAAGUUUCAGACAAGAUUGCAGUCCUUAACCAAAUUCACCCGUUUGCUUCAGAAUUGGCUACAUUAUAUGCUUUCAAAGAGCCAUGCCAAAGCAUUUCCAUACAAAUUUUGGCCACCCUAGAAUACUCUCUUUUGUUAAUGAUGGUUCUUAGAUUUUUCUAAGUCUCCAUACAGCAUCUUAAAUCUUCGAUUGUACAGAUACAAAAUGCAAAAUCUGAAAUGCUUUCAAAAAGUGAAA